CAUUCUCUGAAAAAAACCCAGAGGAGCGAAGGAUCGGAUUCUGUUUUUGUUUGAACUUUGAAGGAUGUCUUGUUCACCGGAGAAGAAGCCGAAGUUUAGCCAAACUUGUAGCCUUUUGAGUCAGUACUUGAAGGAGAAAGGUAGUUUUGGAGAUCUGACUCUGGGAAUGACAUGCAAUGUUGAAGCUAAUGGGAAUCCGGAGAUGCUGCGUCCUUGUCCCACCAUGAAUUUGUUUCCGGUCACUGAGAAAUCCGGUGGCGACUGUGGGCGCGACGUUGGGGCGGCUCGGAAAUCGAGAUCGAUGGAUCUGUUCGCUAAUCAAGCUGGUUUUCCAUCACCACCGGUUCCGAAGGACGAUGGCCUGAAAAGGGUUGAUUCUAGUGUUACCACCGUGAACAAAGCGGCUGCGGCGGAGCCUCAAACUGCACAGAUGACAAUCUUUUACGGUGGACAAGUGAUUGUGUUCAACGAUUUCCCGGCCGAUAAAGCUAAGGAAAUCAUGCUUUUAGCUGGCAAGGGGAACUCUCGAAGCAAUAGCAUGGCUAGAAGACCGGUUGAAUCCGGUACCGGAGUUCCACCUACCGCUAGUUUCAGCCACACCGCCACACAAGACUGCGUACGCUCUCCUCUGCGACCAAUUCCCGGUGGCGAUUUGCCAAUUGCGAGGAGAGCUUCACUCCACCGUUUCCUCGAGAAGAGAAAGGACAGGAUCACCACAAGCGCACCGUACCAGAUUGUUAACCCGGCAGCUCCGCCUUCCAAGCCCGCCGACGACAAAUCUUGGCUCGGUUUGGCUGCCCAAACCCCGCAAUAGUUGAGGUUUAUUGUUACGCCUCCUAUGGAUUUUUGUUUUUCAGCUUGCCGUUUCAUUUAGCUGUUCCCUUAGACCCUAACUCUCGAUCAAAAUCCCAUCAUUAGUUUAAUUGUAAUUAUUCUCCACUAUUACAUUGUUAGUUAAUGAAUCAAAAGUUAUUGAUCUUC